UAAUAGAACUCGGAACGUGGCCUAUGUAGUAUCACAACAAGUAGAGAGUGGUGUCGAUCUUCCAUUUUGGAUAUUGAAAUUCUUAUGCCGUUUAACAAAAUAUUUUCCAAAACUGAAGACGAAAACACGAAAAGUAACAAAUGUUUAAAUGGACGCAACAUCGUCCAUUAUCACACAAGUGUCUCGGGAUGACGAACAACUGAGCAACUUUUCUCCAGAAAAAGUUCAGCUGCCUCAUGUUGAAAGUGAACUGCCUGUCCCAGGUCAGAAUGGCAAGAAGGCGCGCCGCGGCCUGCUGCGCUCGCUGCUGUGCUGCUUCAGCCGCAACGCCGGCUCCAAGGGCUCCAAGGCGUCGGUGGGCGGGGAGUGCCAGUGCUCGCCCCAGCUCAGCCCGGGCUCCCCGCGCUUCCUGCUGCCCCCUGUGCGACACCAGGACAUGCACAAGAAGUGCAUGGUGAUAGACCUGGACGAGACGCUGGUGCACAGCUCCUUCAAGCCAAUCAACAACGCUGACUUUGUGGUGCCUGUAGAGAUUGAUGGGACGGUCCAUCAAGUAUAUGUCCUCAAGAGGCCGUACGUUGACGAGUUUCUGCAGCGGAUGGGCGAGCUGUACGAAUGUGUUCUAUUCACUGCCAGCCUGGCAAAAUAUGCAGACCCUGUAGCUGAUCUGUUGGACCGGUGGAAUGUGUUCAGGGCACGCUUGUUCCGAGAGUCAUGUGUGUUCCACAGGGGGAACUAUGUGAAAGACUUGAACAAGUUGGGGCGUGAUCUGCAGAGAGUCGUUAUCGUGGACAACUCUCCGGCUUCCUACAUCUUCCAUCCAGAUAAUGCUGUGCCUGUAGCAUCGUGGUUUGAUGACAUGACUGACUCAGAGCUCUUGGAUCUGAUCCCAUUUUUCGAAAAACUCAGUAAAAUGGAGAAUGUGUACACGGUCCUGUGCAAUUCAAACCAUCCGUACAACAGGAACUUUUCGCCGACCACCGUCGAUAUAAUAAGCGAACAGCAGCAACAGCAGCAGAGCAACCUGCAAGUGAACAACCACGCCACUCACAAUGCGGGUUCGUAGCUGUAGCUUCCUUCGAACUUCAGUUGGAGAACUGUCAAGAGUCGAUCGUCUCUGCAGGUGCUGACAGUCCACGCGCCAACAAUGCCUUCCGCACCGUGAGGGGCGAUCAGCUUUUGUGGGGGAUGGAUGCUUGGAAUGCAGACUUGGCUACGCAGACCUGCAACACUCAUAAUUUAGCUGUCACACAUUUUCCACACACUGGACUGUAAUGCCUCGAUUUGCUGCUGAAAUUUUAAAAGUAUAAUGUUUCUCUUUAUUUGCUAUUUAUGCUUGCUUACAGUUACGUGACUGAAAUAUGGUGUUUAUUUAACUUGGGUUGGGGGGGGGGGGGAAUGUAGCAGCUAAUUAACAUUUCUGCAGUACAAAGUAAAAUUACACGUGCAAGAAUAAAAUUAAAGCUAGAUGUUUCUAUCAAUCCUUGGCUUCUUUAUCUGGGUGUUUCCGAUUGCUGUUUGGUAUUUCUUAUCGCAGAAAUCAUUUCUGUAAUGUGUAAUGAUUGUAACUUGCUUGCAUGGUACACCUUGUUUGUACAUGUUAAUUCCACUCUGAGUAGCUUAUGUGGCAGUAUCCAUGCAGGACACGUAUGUUGGUCAUCUGUCCUCUAACCUUGUAAAUGAUUGCAGGUGUGUUUUGUUGGGAUUGUGUUUGUAAGCUAGACCCAGCUCCGUCUCGCCGACGUCCUGGCGGCAGAGCACGCAUGUUCCCCCACGUCUCCGAACUUGCCUUCCAGCCAUCAUGGAGGGCGUCGAGUGGACAUAUCAAAGGUCGGUUGUUGCCGGCGGUGCUACGUGCGAAUAUGCGCAGCAUCGCAAAUGUACAAUCUAUUUAAAUUCGCUAACCUUGAAGAAAACUAGUGGCCUUAAAUGUUUUGAUAACAUUGUUAUUGUGCUCUUUUUUGUGUGUAUGAUGUCAAUGAACUGUGAGUUGAACCUGAUGUUUGUUAUUUUUUUUUUUAAUUGUUGACAUUCUUUUUUCUGUGUGAAUUGAAACCAAAUUUGCAUUAUCCAGCCAGUACUUUAUUUGUUGUCAUUUACAUUUGACUCUUUGGUGUCACACUUCUUUGCCACCAUUUUGUAGAUAUUCAGUACAAAUAAGCAUCACAAUUGAAAAUUUCAUCCCUGUACUGUGUUCUGUUUUUCUGUUUACUCUACUUUUCUGCUGGACAUUCAUUUCACUAACUAACAUGUAUUUUGUGUGUGUGUAAAAUCAAGAAAAAGUUUUAAACACUAUUUUUUUUCCCAUUAUUUUUUGAAAACUACCUUUUACGUAUGUGUGAGUCAGGUUAAAAAUUAAUAUAGCUUAAUGAUUUAUGUAUGUAUUUCAAGUUGUUGACCUGGUGUAAAAAGUACUUUGUAAGGAUGUUGUACAAUCACCAAACUAUUUUAUAAUUUUUUGUUUAUUUAUAUUGUAUUUGAUUUACAGAUCAAUUUUUAAUCUUUUAAUAAUAUUCUUGUUUUAGUGUUAGUUUGGUACUGCAAGACAUAUCAGUUUGUUUUCAAUUUUGAGACAUAAAUGGAUUACAUAUAUUAAAAAUACCUAUGAUUUUGACCUAUUUUUUAAUGACUUCUUUUUAGGAAAAAUAAA